CUUUCUGCUCCCCCUCAAAAAAAUUAUAUACCCCCCCUCCCCCUCCCUCUUUCCAUCUUCAUCACUGUCUUAAAAGAACAACAACAAGAAACAAUGUUGUUGUGUAUUAUGUUGUGUACUAUUAUUAUUACUGUUUUUUUCUAUUUUCUUUUUUCUUGUUUACCGGUUUAUGUGGGUUUGUCUUGGUCAGAGUUUUUGCUAAGGCAAGAACUUUCUCACAACAAUACACUCUCUCUAUCUCUUCUCCACCCACCCCACCACCCCCCAUACCCCCAAUUGGUUCUGUCUUUUCUAUUCUUUUCUCUAUUACCCUUUGCCCUAUUUGUUUCAUUAUUGUUCUUAUCUUUCUCAUUUCACACGCCUCUUUCUCUUCUUUUUCUCUCUUCUGCGGCCAUUCCUUUUUCUUGGUUUCUUCAUUUACAUCCAAAGAUCGGUUCUUUUUUGUAAAGGGAAAGUAUUUGGUGUUUUGAUUUCUUUGUGAUUUGAUUAAAUAUGUCUAAGAAGAUGAAAAGGGUUGCUUUAGAUUCAUCAAAAUAUGUUGUUUUUGAGGAUGCUAAGGCCAGAUUAAAGCAUCAAACUUUAUUUCAGGACUUUCAAGAACUCCAUAAGGAAACUAAUGACAUGAGGAACAAAUUGGAGGAUGCAAAGAUGAGGAAACAAAGAUUACUUGCUGAAGUUCAUUUCUUGCGCCGAAGGCAGAAAUACCUACUGCGAAUGAAGUCUAGUCAUCCGGAAGAGCAAGAACGACCAGCCCCAAAUCCAGAGUUUUAUUGUAAAAAUGGGAUGAAGGAUCGAUUUCCCAGCAAAAAGGAGGCAAACCUAUACAAACUGCCCCCUCUUCCUUUGCCAAAACAGAAAGGGAAGAUUCAGGCUUCAAAGGAAGCUGCUGCUUCGCUGAAGACGCCUCCUGAUAUUUUCAUGAGUCAUAAGCAGACGUUACGUAUUGCAAAAGAUGUUGUUUUGCAUAGUACAGUUUCAAGUUUGAACCAUAAAUCAAGGGUAUAUAGUGGAAAGGAAGUGCCGUUUCGAAAAGCAGUUCCAACAUUUGAUUUGAAUCAAAACGACAGAUCAUUCACCGGGAAUGGUUCCGUUUCGAGGAGCACCACACCUGUCUUUGAUUUGAAUCAGGAAACUGGUCAUGGUGGGAAAGACGUCGCAUUGCCAAGUCGAGCUCCAGUGAUCGAUUUGAAUGAAAUCUCGAUGGGGGAAGAGGAACCACAAGCAAAUUCUGAACCAAUGAAGUUUGAGGAUCCAAAGAGAGGUUUUAUCAGAAACCUAAACGAUGAUCAGCCUAGCGAUUUGAAGUUAUCGAUAUGCAGAAAUGUGGGAGAAGGCACUUCUCGUGUUGAGAAGCGAAAAAUAUCAUGGCAAGAUCCUGUUGCUUUGAGGGUUUGAUCCAUCGUUUACGGUUCCAUUUAAAAUGUGGUACUUGAAACUUUUGAUCUAGGGCAAGCACUAUUAAAAAUUGUAGUUACCCAAAGAGGUCGUGACUGGCCCUCGGGGAUUUUUCGGUUAUCAAAAAAGAAAGAGAAAAAGAGGUUUAUUUUCUCCAAUAUGAUGUAGGUGUGUUUUUCUUCUUUUUGUAUAAAGAAAACUCAGAUAUAUCUAGUGAUAAUGAUAUACAUUGCUAUAUUGAUUGGCAGUGAUGAAAUUAUAGUCAAACAUAAUUCGUUUUCUUCA